AUGUGUACUCGAAGACUCCCUUGGCGCCUGCCGGCCGGUCACAACCCGCCGCCGAGGCUACAUCUUAAAUUCCCAGAGGACUUGAACAGGGUUUUUACAGCAUAUAUCGGCGUCCAGCUACAUAGCGCAUGCUUAGGUGAUUCUCGGAGAAGUACGGGUUUACUGGGACCGCCUGCGGCACGAAUCCAGAAAUGGCUUGCGAAUCCUGAAUUUGCUCCGGUCUCAACGGAGCAGUUUCAGCUUCUCGAUGAUAGUACGACCCAUGCACUUGCUCAUGAGAAUAAUGUCUCCGGCAAUGAUAAACCAGUGAAGUCAAGCUCUGGGAUAAAAUCACUUAUAUGGGUCUGCUACUGGACCGAUGAAACCAAAUACAAGGCCAGCAUUCAAACCCUCAAUUUACCGGGGAUCUACCGUGGUCUUGACACGGCAUCAAAGACUCAUAUCGGGCUAUGGCUUGAACACUUUGCGAGUGACACUUCACGGCUCGAGACAGUCUACUCGGCUACGGAUUACCUACCCGGUUUAGCUCGUCUGCCGGGUACAUCAACAGCACACCAUGUGCAUACCGGGUACUGGGGUGCUGCACGAGACCGAAUCCCCGGCUCAGCAGAGGAUUUAUUUGAAGAAGAUAUAUCCAAGAGCAAUCCCGACUCAGAUCUACCUGGCGAUCCAUCAACUCCAAUGAUCCACGCAAAGUCCCUGGGAACAUACAUUACCGGCACAAACACACAUAACAUAGUUCACAUCCGCUCAGGACAAUUCUGGGGCAACUGCAAUGACGAAGAAGCAAACGCAUACCUAAACACCCUAGAACCAAAACUCCGUUCCGGCCUCUCAUAUCUCUGGACGUCCCCCGAAGAAACCCGCUCAAGUGGCGUGAGAUAUCUACAUAAUAUCAAACCUCUUUCCAACACUUCUACUUCUGGUGAUGAUUCCGUUUCGACGAUUCACCAGACGAGGGAAGCUUGCGUGACGGCAUUUUUCAAUAACAUGGUCGAUAUGGAAGGAUGGGCUGCGCGACAUCCGUCCCAUUUAGCGAUUUGGGCUGGUGCUAUUAAGCAUGGGAAGAGGUUUGGUGAUGAGAGGAUGUUUAGGACGUGGCAUGAGGUGUCGAUUCUGAAGGGUGGGGAGGCGAGGUUUGAACACAUCGCCCCCUCUCUCAGAGGGGCACGGCAUUAA